CACCUAAGCAUUUAAAAAGGAGGAGGGAUUGCUUGUCAGGAAUGUCUCAGAACUGUGAAAAGAGCAUGUAGAGCUGAGAGUGGAUGUAGUGGGUCAGGCUGAAAGCUGAAUGAGAGAGUGUGUGAGCUGAUGUUUUACACCCGACAAACGGAAAGGCGGUCUGCUUUCAAACAUCUGUUUAUUGAUUUGGAAAGGUGGACUUUGAGGCAUUGAUGUGCACAUGCUGAAGUGGAUAUUUCCCACGUUGACUUGCACCAAACCCAAAAAGCUGCAUCUCUGAGGACACCUACUCUGUGCUGUGUGCUCUUCAGCAUGGAUCAGCCAGCCAGUAGUUGCAUGCGGAGCCCUCACACGGGCAGUGCUCUGUGGGGCUGUGUCAGGAGCUCCCAUUCAGGAGGGUCCGGAGCCGGGCUGCAGCCCUACCAACAGGCCCCAUUUGCCCUGCACCAAAAGCAUGAUUUCCUGGCCUACACAGACUUCUCCAGCUCCUGCCUGGUGCCAGCACCACACGCUUACCCUCGCGAGGACAGACUGUAUCCGGAGGCGCACAGCGGGUACCAGAGGACGGAGUGGCAGUUCUCUCCUUGUGAACCCAGAGGCAGAGGGCAGGAGCCGUGUCAGGGGGCAGCAGAAGCAGUGGGAGCUGACUUGGACAGUGCAGGGGGAGGCAGGCUGCCUGGAGCAGUCACAGCAUGUCUAGAGGGAGAAUACUCACCUCAAAGUGUGUCAGCGGUUGACACAGAGAAAAAAAGUUCCAAGCGGAAAAGAGAAAUCACAGGUGAGUUUAGGCAAGAGUGA